CAGAACGGACGGCAUGGCUGACUCGGUGGUGCAGUUGCGGCGCGGCCCUAGCCGCUCUUCGUGGCUGCGGGUCCGCAAGGCCCGGCCCCAGCUCAUCCUCAGCCGCCGGCCCCGCCGCCGGCUCUGGACCCUGCGCUGGAGCGGCCGGCGGCGCCUGCGACGACGCCUGCUGCAGGCCCACGCGGCGGGCGCGGACUGGCUCGAGGACUCCGGCCAGUGCUCGCGCGCGGCGGCGCCGCGGAGGCCCAAGGCCGCGGACCCCGAGCCCGAGCCCGGCCCCGAGCCCGGCCCCGAGCCGGAACCGGCUGCAUCCACGAAAGGCCCCCAGAACCUCCCCUCCUGGUCCGUGCGGCAGCUGGGCCCGGGCCGCGCGUUGAUGCUGCUGCCCGCGGAGCAGACUUUUACUUUUAGCGGGAUCUGCCGUUUGACUUGCCUCUAUGGCCAGGUGGAGGUGUUUGGUUUCCUCAUCAGCCAAGGCCAGCCUGCCCAAGAUAUCUUCUCUACCUAUACCCACGCGUACCUGACCAUUAAUGCAGUUCAUUACUCCAUGUCUGAGAAGAGAGAGAAGGAGAUGAGAAAGGAAGCCCGGAUUUUGCUCAGAUCUCAUCUUAACUUGGAGGACAGAUGUUGGGCAAUGAAGAAUUUUUCUCCUUUGUGUUCCAUUGUGAUGCUAGAACGUGUGAAAAACUCCACUGUAAACUUCCUAACCAGCUAUCCAGGUUUAUCUUACAUUUUCACGCAAGAGAUUUCAACUUUCCAGAUUAAUGCUGAAUAUUUUGCCUUGAAGUCUGUUGGCAUCAGAAAAGAGAAAAAGAAAAAAUCACUUAAUUUAAGUGUGAGUGCCCUGUCAGCCCUGGAGGAGUUGGUCAGCGUUUCUUCUGAAGAAGCAGAUGGCUGCCCUAUUGUUCUGGUCUGUGGCGCCCAGGACGUUGGAAAGUCAACAUUUAACAGAUACCUGAUUAACCAGUUGUUAAAUAGUAUUUCCUGCGUUGACUAUCUGGAAUGUGACCUGGGCCAGACCGAAUUCACUCCUCCAGGUUGCAUCUCUUUGCUUAAUAUUACGGAACCAGUUCUGGGACCACCGUUCACCCACCAGAGGACACCACAGAAGAUGGUAUAUUAUGGGAAACCUUCUUGUGAGAACAACUACGAGAAUUAUAUUGAGAUAAUAAAAUAUGUGUUCAGCUCUUAUAAGAGAGAGUGCCCACUCAUCAUCAACACUAUGGGCUGGGUGGCAGAUGAAGGGCUUCUGCUGCUCAUUGACCUGAUCCGGUUGCUGUCUCCCACCCACGUCAUUCAGCUCAGCUCUGCCCGGAGUAAACAGAUGGCCAACCUCACCCCAGAUUAUGUGGAUGACAUGGAUGGCUUGUAUACAAAAAGCAAGUCCAAAGUUAGGAACCGUGGCUAUGAACUUCCAGAAUUUGCAGAUAAUUUGGAAUUUGCUGACGAAGAUAAAGAGAGUUCAGUUCUUUUUACUGGACAUAAACUUAUAUGUGUUUAUUCAGAAUUUUCACCCAGAAAAUCUUCAAGGAAUAGGGAGUCACAUAACAGAAUUUUUCGAGAACUGGCAGUGUUAGGUUAUCUUAGCCAGCUGCUGCCCCCAGUGCCAAAACCACUCAGUCCUUUACAUGGCCUGACGCCCUAUCAGGUCCCUUUCAAUGCAGUUGCCCUCCGGAUUACUCAUGCUGAUGUCGCCCCCACUCACAUACUGUAUGCUGUGAAUGCCAGCUGGGUUGGCCUUUGCAAGAUCCUGGAUGAUGUCAGAGGCUACACAAGGGGGCCCAUCCUGCUGGCACAGACUCCCAUCUGUGACUGUUUGGGGUUUGGGAUCUGUAGAGGCAUUGACAUGGAGAAGCGGCUGUACCACAUCCUGACCCCCGUGCCCCCAGAAGAAUUGAGAACUGUGAACUGUCUCCUGGUGGGGGUCAUUUCUAUUCCACAGUGCAUCUUCAAGAGCCAGCGAGGACCUGAAGGGACGAUUCCCUACGUCACAACAGAUUAUAAUUUUAAACUUCCUGGAGCAUCAGGGAAAAUUGGAGCAAGAGAAUUUGAUGAGACACAGGAAGGGAAACUGAAUCGAAGACCCAGAUUCUAUCAGAAAAAGUAAACAAAUUUCAACAAGGGAAGAGAAGUUUGUACCAGGAAGCUUGGUGUGGAGCCUGACACCAGCAGACCUGGUGGGUUUUGUGGCUAAUGAUGAUGACCUUACGUACAGGUUUCCUGUGGAACUCGUGAGGGUUGUAUAUUGAAAAGCUGCAAAUUUCUCUCUCAACACUACGUGGCCUAGAACAUGGCCCUGAUGUUUGUAUGGUUAAUCAUACUUGCAGUCUGGUGUUUUCUAAAGGAAUUUAAGGCAAUGAGCCAGUCAUGGUACCACACCCCUGUAACCCCAACAACUCAGGAGGCUGAGGCAGGAGGUUUGCAAGCUCAAGGCCGGCCUCAGCAAGUUAGGGGACACCCUGUCUCAGAAUAAAAAAUAAGAAGCGGGGGCUGGAGUUGUGGCUCAGUGAUAGAACGUUUGCCUGGCAUGUGUGAGGCCCUGGUUCAGUUCUCAGCACCACAUAUAAAUAAAGGUCUAUCAACACCUAAAAAGUAUUUAAAAAAUAAAUAAGGAGGGGGGCCUGUAGCUCAGCAGUAGAGCACUCCUGUGUUCAGUGCCACAAAAAACAAAUCAAGCAAGCAGUGGGGAGAAGUUUGCAUACUAUUAAAAUAGGAAGAAUUGGGUCAGUUCCUCAAAAAAUUCUUCUAGGAUCUGGUUAUUGGAAUAUCAGGAUAAAAAUAGAGAAAUUGGGGGCAAGCCUGCAUGCCAAGAAGGUCGGAAACUGAUGGGCAGGACCUCUAGCCUGAGGUUGGGACUGCCUGUGGCCUCAGUGGGCAGGUGCAGGCAGGGAGCCUCCGCUCUGUCAACGCCAUCAGACUUCUCCCAGCCACAUGGAUCAUAAGUUAGAAAGAAGACUGUAUUUGGUCUGUUGCUUUAAUAGAUAAAGAUUUGGCAUCAAGAGCUCUUUUAAUCUGAGGUGUCACUCAGAUUGUCCUCAAAUUUGAAAAAGUUCCUGAUGACUCUUUAAACCUAAAUCUGCUUCCACUGACACCUCACCUCCUUGAAGGUCAAAGAGAGGGCUGCGGGGCAGAGCUCCAACCUUGACCAACAGCUCUUGUGAAGAGACCGAGUCACAACCUGGGACAGUUGCACCUAAACCUUGCCUAGGAGCAACUCCGACCCUGCCUUUGGGGCAGCUGUCAUCACAUUCCCUUCUCCUUGGAGGUGGUAGUCCCUAUCCUCUGAGAAAUGGGACCAGCUUGUUCCUGCACCUGUUGCCCUGGGGUGGGUGCUAAGAAGCAUUUCAGACUGCCAUGGGGACCAGUGAGGAGUUCCAGCUCCCAGUCCAAGAGGCGGGACACCAGCUCACUUACCAGUGUUUGUCCUGUGGUCAGCGCCUUUGUGGCCCCUGGCAACCUGCAGGCCUGUAGCAGGGCUCACAGAUGAGCACAGGACGCCUCGGGGCAGGAUACUCAGACCCAUGAAGGGCUCCCUUCUUAGCCUUCACCUUAAUCUGAAGGCAGCUGUGUUGUGUCUUUCUGGGUUGUCAGUGCAAAGAAUUCAAGACAGUUUGCCACUGUCAGCAAGUCUGGGAGAGGGAACUUUAGCCUUUAAUUGUGGACCUUGAAAUGUCAGUCCCAUCCAUAAAGAAACCAAGUCAGCACUAGGGGGCGCUGCCAGCCUGCGGUGGGGCUGGGAGGGGUGCCGUUGAGGGGACCCAGGCACGCCUCUCUAGGGAUUUGGAGGUUCUGGAGGUGGCUCUUUAGUCAGCUUAGACCACAAUAGUGACAUCCUCCUGUGAUCUCAUUGUCAGUGGCCUUCAGGGUGCUCAGAAAGGGUCAGAUUGGACUUGGUCCUCUGAUUGGGCAGGCCUGAGGUUCAGCAACAAGGGGCUCUCUGGGGGAGGCAUCUUUGCCAGGCCCUUGGCCAUUUUCUUAAGUGUGAUUUCCACAGUAGAACAUGCUUAUAGAUGAAUAUGACUUGGGAAGUAAAAACCUUUGGUUAAAUGUCAGUUUUAUGGUUUUAAAAUCAGUUCUUUUACAAAAAUCUAUCCAUGGGGAAAAGACGUGAAAAUAAUUGAGAAGAUUCUCAAAAUCUAGGACUUACUUCAUAAAUAAAGAUGGUCCAAGUUGUUUCCAUUUGUUCUAAGGUCAGACUUCCUGUGAAUCAGUUUAUCAGUGUGUCCCCUGCAGCCAUCUUAAAUACUUUUUAAAAAGCCACUGGAGAAGGCAGUGUGACUGGCCUUAGGAGUGCCUGGGGGUUGGCUAUGUGUGUACCUGGCCAGAGGUGGCGUGCUGGAGCAGGCCAGGCAGGCUCAGGGAUCCUGCCUCCUCCACUUGGACCCCUCUGAUGGGCAGUUACUUAACCCAGGGGACACUCAGUUUCUGCCUGCUAAAUGGCGUGAAGACUGAGGGAUAUGGGGUCCCUUUUGUUGUACCAGAUGCUGGUUUGGGGGGCGGUGCUGAACCACACCCAGGCCUUGUGCUUGCCAGGCAAAUGCUGUGCCACAAACCUAUCAUCCCAGCCUCUGGUUGUGAGGUUUAAAAAGUCAUCUGAUGGACUGGGGAUGUGGCUCAAGCGGUAGUGCGCUAGCCUGACAUGCGCGCGGCCCGGGUUCGAUCCUCAGCACCACAUACAAACAAAGAUGUUGUGUCCGCCGAGAACUAAAAAAUAAAUAUUAAAAAAAAAAAAAAAAGUCAUCUGAUGGGGUUAGUUUAUCCUUUUGUUUAUAUGGCGAUAUAGUGACUAAGGCAGCACGUUUUGAUGGUAGGUUGGGAUCCCAGCCCCACCCUUUCCGAGCAGUGUACCUUUUGGGGGGGGCAGGUACUGGGGAUUGAACUUGGGGUCACUUAACCACUGAGUUGCGUAGCACCUUGCUGUUGCUGAGGCUGGCUUUGAACUCGUGAUCCUCCUGUCUCAGCCUCCCAGGCUGCAGGAUUACAGGCAUGUGCCACUACACCAGGCCUCUGAGCAGUGUGCCUUUUGAGGGAGUUGAGUGACCAAGUCUUCCUUUGAGGUUGGGGUAGUUUCCAUUUGGGCUCCUGGGAGAGGAGUAGGUGAGGUCCUGGUAUAGGGGCUAGCCCAGUCUCUGGCAUGCAAAAGAUGGUCCGAACUCCUGGUGUGUGGCCUGACUAGGUUAUGAGCUAGACAGCAGACCCCGAAUUAUGUCCCUCACAGUUGUGUUGAAGGAUACGGACGCUGCUUGCCCAUCUUGCCUCCAUUUACACCUGUGGAGGAUGGUGUGGAACCCCUUCUCAUAGGUAGCACCCUGGAUCCCAAGAGGCUGCUGUGUCACGUCUGUGUGCGCUUAUGAAAUUGUGCCCUGUUACAGAUGGUUUCCACCCAAAUCGUCUACAUGAACUCUGUCAUUAAAGAUUUUUGAGAACACGAA